AUGACGUAUAUUUUGUUUGCAUUGAGUGUUUUAUUAGUUAUGGGGUUUGUGGGGUUUUCUUCUAAGCCUUCUCCUAUUUAUGGGGGUCUGGCGUUAAUUGUUAGUGGUGUGAUUGGUUGUGUGAUUGUUUUAAGUUGUGGGGGGGCUUAUAUGGGUUUGAUGAUGUUUUUAGUUUAUCUGGGGGGUAUGAUGGUUGUUUUUGGUUAUACUACUGCAAUGGCUAUUGAAGAGUAUCCUGAGACAUGGGGUUCGGGGUUUGAGGUUUUAGGGGGUCUUUUAGUAGGGUUGAUAAUGGAGGUGAUAUUAGUUUUAUGGGUUUUAAGUUUGGAUGAGGCGGUAGAAGUGGUGGUUAGUUUUAGUGAUACUGGUGAUUGGGUGAUUUUUGAGGGGGAGGGGUCAGGAUUGAUUCGAGGUGAUUCUAUUGGUGCGGGUGCCUUAUAUGAUUAUGGGCGUUGAUUAGUGGUAGUUGCUGGUUGGACAUUAUUUGUUGGUGUGUAUGUUGUGAUUGAGAUUGUUCGGGGUAAUAGG